AUGGCACAUGCCACAUUCAGCAAAGGCAGCGAUGGCCAAGCCGACCGCGCAGCAAUCGUUGCGUUUGUCAAGGCGAAGCGCCGGACGGUGCUGACGCUGGAGGAGAAGCUCGACAUCUUGCGACUGCACGUGGGCUUGCGCGAGGAAGGCGUGGUCGACGUCACCGGCAAGAUCGCGCAGUGGCUCGGGCGCAGCGACGCCACCGUCAAGGCCGUGCUGCGCGAGUCCAAGACGACCGGAACGCUCACGGUCGCGCUCCCGCCUUCCAACAAGACCAACCACGCGUCGCGCGUGCCGAGCACACCAGCGGUCCGCGCCUUGGUCAAGAACUUCCUACGCGACCGCGACGGCCUCCGCACCGUGUGCAAGGACAUCGUCGAGCUCCUCCUUGCCAAAGGCAAAGCCAGCAUCAAGCGCGUCAGUGCGACCGAAUACGAGACGAAGGACUACAACGCGUGUCUCCGCGCCGUCCACGGCUUUUUGACCCGGGAAGGCUUCAAGUACACGGGGCUGGGUAGCAAAGGGUCGUACGGAGCGAAUGACGACGACGCGUCCGACUAA